GUUAAAAGUCGGAAUAUGUUCCAUGCGUCCCAGCGAUCGCUUUCUGACAUUUUAGCGUCAGCUGACAACGAACCAUUUAGACCUUUCUAUUUACCGGUUAAUAGGUAUUAUAAUUGUUACUGUGAUAGUUGUUCAAUGGACAAAGGUUACGAUAAGUUCAUCAAUUCAUCUGAUCGUGUUCCUGAUUCACCGUUUAUGUUUCAACUUAGUUCAUCAACUUUAUUAUUAAUAUCUCAAGCUUCAUCUCCCUCACCAAUGGAUCAAGUCUUACCUGUGAAGGUUGAUAAUUUUGACCAACUUGAUGACCAUUAUUUUGAAAAUUGUGGCUUGUUUAAUGAUUUUACUCUUGAAUCAGAGUUUAUUGUCGAUGGUGGUGAUGAGAAUGAAAUCAACGAAAAUGUCAAAGAAAAUAUAUCCGUUGAAAGUUUACUUCUAAAUGGUUUAACCUGUUCUCAAUUGUCAAAGGAUGGAGGUGAUUCCUUGAUUCGUUCACAAUCUUUAUCUCAAUCCCAGAGAUCUCAAAAUUCACUGCAAAAAUCUCAAGAAAAUUCAAAUGUUCUUCAGGUAAAAUCUUUGGACAAUUCAAUUCUAUCCAGUAGCUAUGAAAACUAUUCACAGCCUUUGGUCAUCGCUUCUCAAAGUUCCUAUCAUGGGCCAUCUUCAUUUUACAAUUCAUCAUCAAAUUAUACAUCUAAUUUGACACAAUCGGAUUCACAACUUUCCCAACAAAGUCAAGAAGGUAAUUGUUGCCGAAAACAUAAAAAGUAUUUUGAAAAAUUGGCCAAUAAACCAGAGAAACGGAUUGACCCUGAUUUCGCUCUUGAUGUUGAUUCUUUAUACACAUCAACUCAUAAUGGUUACCUGAAGCCUCCGUUCUCACAUAAUAUGUCUCACAUAUGUGCCUUAGCGAUUUACAGUGAGCCCACCCGACAACAAGAAGUUUCCGGUGUCUACAAGUUCCUCAUGGAAUGUUUUCCAUAUUUUCAAGAUGCUGGUCAACAUUGGAAAAACUCAUUGAGACACAGUUUAGCUACUUGUGAUUGGUUCGAAAAAUCUGAUCAUCCGAGAACCGCCAAGAAAGGUUACAAAUACACCGUUACCGCGAAUCGGAUGAAUUGCUUGAAAUAUGAGAUAAAGAAACAAUGUAUCACCGAUAUAACCAAACUUCAUUAUCGACUCUCAGGACUCUGUAAGCAUGAUAAUAGUUUAAUUCUUUAAACCAAUUUAACCUAAUCAAAUAAUCUUCUCCCAUUUAAAUAUCAAACAAACAAACAAUUUCUUUAUUCAUUUGUUUGUAUAAAUAAAUUAAAUUAUUUUUCUUUUUGUAUUAACUUUUCUAUCUUAUAAAUGUUUGUGAUUACCUGAUUAACAUUGGACUUUUGGCUUUGAAUCAACAUAAAAUGGCUGAACUUCAACAGGCAAUCAGACUUAAUGAUAACUAUCAUUUAUCAUCAUCAAAUGAAAAUUAACUGGUGACAAUUAUCACACACAAAAUUUAUCUCUUUUAUCAUCGAAUAUAUU